GUUGAUGGAUUAUGACGGUGAUGUCAAAGGUAUUCUCCAGAGAAAAGAAGCAAGUUUCUGGCAAACUUACCACUUCCUGCUUGUCAAGGACCGACUUCUCGUAUUUGAUAUUGACAAGAAAGGAAAUAGGACUGGUCAGAUAAAAGAGAUUAUCGACUUGAAUCAGUUCAGUGACUUUACAGAUCCAAGAGAGAACCACAUAAAACCAAAGGCACAAUCUGUUAAAGAGAAAGGAGGAAGUCUCCGACACAAGCAAAAUAACAAUGUUUCGCUCAGUAAUACCUCUGCACUCAACUAUCUAGGUAUAGAUUUCCCUCCUGAGUACACUAUGGCGCUGAAAGCAGUCAACGAGAACCAAAGUGACCUGACACUGCGCAGUUCCAACAAAGAGGACGCUGAGAUGUGGAAGAAUGCGCUGUGUUCUGUUUUCUGCCAGAAACCUAAACCAGUCGACAGGACGGCUAGGCUCAAGAAAAGUGGUGCCGUCACAGUCAAGCGGCUCAAGAAAUUUGUUGAUCUAGCAGAGAGCUACAAGCUGAGCGGGACCACCUCCGACCAACCCACCCCCGCUCUCUCCAUGUUACAGACGGUACACGAGGUGAUCCUGGGCGUGAGGGAUACAAUGGAUAAUGCGGAGCAGCUUCGUGCUACCCUUCCUAGGGGGAUAUCCUCUCUGUCAGAACUGGACAAGUGCCAAACAGAAUUACAUCAAGCACUAAGUACGUUAGUGUUGUGGACUAACAGACAAUUUAUGUUAAACGCAACCAGCGACACUGAACCAAGCGCUCUUGUAUCUCCAGUUACCCAGCUAAUCCAGAAAAUGAUGUCCAUUUGUCUACAAAACUACCACCCGGAUUCCAGGGGUAUGAACCUCCAGCACGACAUGGACGAGCUCCAAUCACAGAGCUCCGGGCAUGGGUCUCUUCCCAACACUGAGAACUUCGCACUGUUUCAGGGUAAUACAAGAUACAGUAACUACAGCUCCCAGUCUUCAGAGUCCUAUAAUGACUCCCUGCCUCUUGGGUGGUCUCCAUACAAUCACAGACAUUCCAUCCUAUCAUCAGACAGCAUCCCGGAAGACGAAGCUCCGGAUCUGCCUCCUCCACAUCCCUCCCUCCUGAAUGAGGGAGCGCCUCUUCCACACCACUCUCUGGUAAACGAGGGUGCUCCUCCGCCUCUUCCACCUCCUGCUGCAUCCAUGCUGAGAAAGAAAUCCGCCUACGGAAGUUUGGAGAAGAAACACGGUGCAAUGCCACCACCCCUUCCUCCUAGAGUUAAAGGGCCUCUUCUACCUCCGAGAUAUGGCUCGCAGAGUAGUAAUAUCAGCGGAGAGUUCAGUAAUCUGGCUUUGUUUGAAUCACAUACAUACUGUACUAGCGGCCACUUCGCCGAUUACAAUGGUAACGGAGAGAGCAGAGGAUCAUCAAUGUCGUCCUCAUUAGACCGAGGUUACGACUACAACAUGUCCCACCAUGGGGGCGGUACCCCCGCACCCCCUCCUCCUGUCCCUUCCAGACAACUCAGUUACAGUAUCAGCAGGGACACAGGCAUCUGGGUAGAGGGAAGUGUAACAUCACACCGGUCCUCUAGUUCCCAUUACACUGACGACAGUGAUAGUGAAAGUGAAAGUGAUGCAGAUAGCGGGUUGGAGGAUGAGGAGCCGGAUGAACCGCCACCAUUACCGCCGAAGAACCGCCUGACUUUCUCCCAACUGUACAGUUUGCGGUUGCUGCCGAAUGUACCCGCUCCACCUCCCCCACUUCCUCCACGUGCAUACAAUUUCGAGUUGAAAGGAAUGCCGGCUAACGGUGCGUUCCCUGAGGGACCUCCCCCAACCUUACCAACACGGAGUAAUUCCGGGCACUUUAAUGGAGCUAAAAACUACACACGGAUGAUGGACCGCUACGCGCCGUCCUUUGAAAUCGACGAAGAGUACCUAAAGAUGUCCCUUCAAGAACCCAAUUACCACGAACAGGAGCUGAAAGAGAGCAUCUACCACACGUACCACCGAGAUGAAGCACAGGCUCCCCCAGCUACCUACCAAGUCCCACCACCCCCCACCCGCCCCAUCACCCCACCCAGACCUCCUAUCCGCACCAUCGCAGAAACCACUGAAACCGUGGACAGUACAGAGGUAGAUGCUGACGAGAGAACCGGGAUCCUGUUUGAGGUGGAUCCAGCACCGGAGCUCAUGUACAACUACGGACCUGCCAAGCAGGGUGACUCCAUGCACUCCUACAUUAAGGGAGGAACAGUGGACGCCCUGAUCGCUGAAGCGACUAUCUACCGGGACGCCGAGUUCGUCCAGACCAUUAUAUUCACCCACUCUACUUUUACUACUACUGAUGAUAUACUGAAAAAGUGCAUGAAAAGGUACCAGUUUUACGCUCAAACAAACACCAAACUUGCUGAAACUUGUGUGAAGCUAUUUAACGAUGUUCUAUCCAACGUUUGGAUGUACCUUACGAAGCCCAUGAUCGAUGUCGCUACUGAAUUUGUUAAGAUAUUGUUUGAAGAUAAGCAAAUGUCCUUGGCUCUGACUCUUCAAAACACGUUGCUCACCCAAUUCCAAUACUGCAGGGAGCACAAAUGUGACGUCAUGUACAGUCCAGCAACCUCCAUAUCCUCCGAACACCUGAACUGGACCUUCUUUCUUAAGGUCAAACCUAGAGACAUCGCCCAUCAGAUGACACAGAUAGACUUUGACAAGUUCUCCAAAAUCAAAUUGUGUGAAAUAUUGAAAUACGUCAAGGCUCCCUCCGAGACCACCUCCCCAAAUAUGUGCUCCUUCGUAAACCAUUUCAACUCCGUCAGUUUCUGGGCUUCUUCUCUUGUGCUCCGCAGAGAAACCAAGGAUGAGAGACAGCGAGUUUACAGACGUCUCCUCUCCGUGAUGGAGCACCUGAUAAAACUAAAUAACUUCUCCUCUGCCUUUGCGCUGUUUGCAGCUCUCUGCAAAACUGCUGUUCGACGAGUAGUCAACUUAUCCAGCAAGCAAGAAAAAAUCCUCGAUAACUCUCAAACACUGAUGGAUAGUUCAGAGUCAUACAAGAACCUGAGAAGUGCUCUGAAGUCAGCCACUCCUCCUCUUAUUGCUUAUCUGGGGCUCUGCAUGGCAGAUCUUACUUUCCUAAUUCAUGGAAACCCAGACAAACUGGAGAGCGGUCACGUCAACUUCACAAAGCGUCACCUGACCUACACGUUCAUGAACGUCGUACGAACAAGCCAGGCAGUGCCGUACAACAUCACACCACGUGACGACAUUAUAACCUUCUUCAACAACUUCUCCGAUUACAUGGAGGAGGAGGAGAUGUGGACGAGAAGCGAGCAGAUCAAACCUAGGAAGAAGAGAAGCUAGAGUUGGCGAUGAGAGAGAUCUUAAAAUAAACUUGCUCGCCAUGUUGUCACGUGCCCAUGUUGUCACCUGCUUACAAGGUCUGGUGACCUGUUUGACCCGAAGUUGAGCGUAUCUCGGAUCGGACAAAUCGACUAAAUCUAAAGACAGUGAAAAUCCCACAACCUUUUCGAUUUCUUAAAGCUGUACAAUUGACUCUGAGUUUCAAUUCUUGAUGAAUUUAUUUUCGUAUUGCUGAAUUUUAUAUUGAAAAUUAUAGAUUAUAAUAGUUUUACAUGUAAUUGUAAGUGUGUCCAUAAGUUUAAACAUAAGUCUUCAAGGUUGAUAGUUAGCCUCAAGUUCCUACUGACAGAGCAAUAUAGUUGUAUGUUGAAGUCUUUGCUGGAGUGGGUCAGGAAUUGUUUUUAAUCGAGGUUUUAUUAUAGCGAACAAAAAGCUUAAACUUGUAUUAAAUUUAAAUAUAUCUGAUAGUUUUAGAUAAUAGCAUAUACUCGAAAACGGUUAUUUAUUUGCUUUAAGUUUAUAGACGAAAUUGUUUUACAAUUUGUUCAAUAGAAAA